AUGACGCUUACAACGCCACCAACGGAUCUUGCUCACGACCGGGCCAUGUCCAAUACUUCGAGUCAAUCACAAGACAAUGGCACUCUCAUGCGGGCAGAUACCAUUGACCUGAAGAUCACUGCCAGAGGGCAGGACGAUGAGGACGAGUACAGCGAUUUCGCAGAAGAUCCUGAAGAGCUUGAGAUAAUUGACCAGCUGCUACUGGAAGUCGCCGCAAAGCAGACCCAAGGCCAAAGCGCGCCUUUGGUGGUCACCGACAUCGAAGAUUAUGAGGCGCCUCGAGGCGUUCGUCUACCCAAAGUGUUUGGUCGCGAGACAACACCUCAGAGAGACGUACGAGAGCAAAUCCCAGGCUCUAGAUUUGUUCAGGGCAUACGCGAACCGAGUACCGAAGCGAGGACACAGAAUAGGAAGGAGCAAAGGCGAACAUCAGAAACUCCAGACACGGAAACACCUGGUGGAGACGACGUUCAGCCCUCUGAACCUGAUUCUCGAAGCCCUCUAGAACGAUUCAGACGACCGCCGAAAAAGCCACUCUCCGUCACUGACCUCAUAUCGCCUGCCUGGUGUGAACUGCAAUACUUCUACGUACUGACCAAGCAUGGCCGGAAAAGGAGGACUCCUGCGAUGAAACAAGGCAGUGCGGUUCACCAGGCCCUGGAGGAUGAAGUGCACGCUACAGUUCCGGUCACCGUCACCAAGAAAGAAGACAGUUGGGGGCUGCGAAUAUGGAAUAUCAUACAGGGGCUGCGGACGCUACGUGAAACAGGCAAGACACGGGAGUUGGAGGUAUGGGGAUCAAUAGGUGGCGAGCUGGUCAACGGCGUGAUUGACGAGCUGAGUUACGAUUGUCCAGACCCGAAAUUGGAAGGACAGAGUCUCAGGCUACUGUCGAAGCAAGACUCGGAGCCUCCUUUGCCUGAGUACCAGGCCAGUAUCAGAGACUACCUUGUCACCAGCGACAUCAGCGCGCAGGGACAGACCAUAGCCGAAGCGCUGGGUAGCAAGAAUGACCAAGACAGCACUGUCAAAACAGAACAGAGACAUGGAAAGUCGCAAGAGGAAAGGAGGAUAUACAUUACGGAUGUCAAAACACGGGGAACCUCGACCUUACCUAGUGGUUCCAGCAUACGCCCGACGAUCGUGCAGCUGCAUCUAUACCACCACAUGCUGGAAAAUCUGGCACAGGGGCAUUUCCCGCUGGACCACCUCGCCUCGCGGUAUGGAUUAGAUGUGCAAGAGACGUUCUCAGACGAGUUUAUCGCGCAGAUCGGCAACCUUAAUCAGGACUUCUUCGACUUCUCCAGCUCGCAAUCCCAAUCCGAUAGCAAUAAAAAUGACAUGGAUAUGGACGAAGUCUGGCCCUCGACUCAGGACUCGAUGGAUAUUCUGCUUCAACAUAACAACAUUGCCAGUCUGUGGGCCUUCAUGCUGGCUCAGUUCAGGGAGACAUUUGUGAUCUCUCCUACGGCUUCUGCCCCGUGGAAGCACAUUCCCAACUUUGACUCUACCAACGACGUCCCCUCAUCAACACCGCAGUCGCUCUCUCAACUUUCCAGGCCCCCGUCUUAUCCGACACGCCUGUCGUCGCUGUUGACGGCACGAUAUGUGUCAACGUCCUAUGAUUCUCGCUCCGGGUCGAAGCUAUUGGGCAGCAAAUCCAUCAUCUUCAAUCCCUCCUUUCUCAAAUCGUACCUUUACGACGCGCUGGCAUUCUGGCGUGCUGAGCGGGCACCCAAGGGUGUCGACCUGCAUGACGCGUGGAAGUGUCGUGUCUGCGAGUUUCGCGACGGUUGCGAAUGGAUCCACGAGAAGAAUGAAAUGAGAGUCCGGGAAGCCGAGGAGAGGAGAAAGAUGAGACAAAUAGCCGGCGUUGAGGGUGAAAGCCACAGUGCUGAACAAGCGUCCGGCGCGUCAAGAAGGAGUCGAGUCUAG